CACACACACACACACACACACACACUAGAUCUACCGGGUCUGGGCGCUGAAACUUUACGAAAUCACAAAAGAGUUCACCUAUCGGGUCUGUAGGCCUAUCAGAGAGGGUUUCCAAAGAAGGUGCAUUUUGAAUGUUAAGCCUUCAAACUGUCUGGGCAGUAGUGGCUAUAGGCUAUAGGUCAACUAAACAACUCACCACUUACAUACAUAUUUUUAUGAUACAUUGUACGAAUGAAUUGUAUUUUUUAACAUAGCUAUAGAUCUAGUGGGCUAUAUCACUAUUGUAUUCCUAAAUUUAGCAGAUUUUGAAACAGCACAAAAACGAAGAAGUGCCGACAUUCAGUGCGGAACAGUCCUCCUAAAAAUAGAUCAACUUCCUCUCGUCUCUUUUCUUCCGUAUUUUCAUGACAAGUUGAGAGUUACGGGCGUUUCUGUAGAGAUAGGAUCUACUACUGUAUUCGUACAAUUGCAGUUGAGUUUGAGGUGGUUUGAUUUCUAAUUUCUGUGUGACAUUUGGACUUGAGGACUAUUCAUUACUCACGAUCAGAUAUUAUGAAUCGUCACGCACUCGCCUCGCCAGGCUGGCAGGGCUGAUACCAUGUCUCCACCACUGAUCUCGGCCUCCACCACCACAACCACCGCAACCACCAACAACGACCGGCAGUUCCUGUCCCCCGAGAGUCCUCAUGUCCUCCCUUCAGACUUCCCCAGUCCCCGCGUCUGUGUCCUCGCAGGCCCCAGGUCUGACCCUGGACUGACCCCCGUGACCCCGCCCUGUCCGUCUGCUGGCUUGACCCCUGCCGGACACUGAAGAUGGCCAGAUACCAGUAUGAUCUCAAACCCUCUAAAAUCUCCCUCAUCCGCCGACUCAGCAUGGAGUCGUUCAUGGUGCGCGUGUACACGGGCCCGCUCAGCGACGAGGUCGACCACGUGUCCGUGGAGGCGGAGAAAGGGACGAGCGCCGAGGACAUCGUAGCCGUAGCUUGUCGGAAGCUGCGCCUAUCAGCCUCUGGAGGCGGCGGCCAUGGCGGCGGCGGUGCCUCCUCCGAUGUGCGGCAACACUUCGAGCUAGCCGAGGUCUUCUCUUCGGGCGGCCAGCUCUGUAAGGAAAGACGCCUCGACUCCACGGAGAACCCCGUCGCUCUACAGCUGCUCUGGCCCAAAGUGGUGCCGCCGUGCGCCUCCGAAAGUGAGGCCAACGGCUCUCAGGGACUCUUCGAUGGAUACCGCUUCUACCUGCGACGCCGGGACCCCGAGGCGUCUGCGGGCGGGUGGGUGGUGCGCGACCAGAGCGCUGUGGACUCGUUCCUCCUGGCCUUCCUGACUCAGCCCGUGGCGGGGAAAGAGUUCCCGGACCUCUGCAGCCUGCCCGACCUCAACGAGCACACGCUCCUGCACAACCUGAAGGCACGCUUCAACCAGAAGAACAUCUACACCUACGUGGGCUCCAUCCUCAUCGCCGUGAACCCUUUCAAAUUCUUCCCCAUCUACAACCCGAAGUACGUGAGCAUGUACCAGAACAAACGGCUGGGCGAGCUCCCGCCUCAUAUCUUCGCGGUGGCGGACGCCGCCUACCAUUCCAUGCUGAGACUGAGACAGAAUCAGUGCAUCGUCAUCUCGGGCGAGUCCGGCUCGGGCAAGACGGAGAGCACGAACCUGUUGCUGCAUCAUUUGACUGCGCUUUCUCACAAAGGAUUACACGGCAGUGGAGUAGAACAGACUAUACUGGGAGCCGGUCCCGUGCUAGAGGCUUUUGGCAAUGCUAAAACCGUUCACAACAACAACUCCAGUAGGUUCGGGAAGUUCAUCCAGGUCAACUACAAGCAGAAUGGGAUGGUGCACGG